GUGAUAACAGCGAAUUUGUUAUUAUUUUGUAUUCGGCUUUGAUGAGAACAAAAUACAAAAUUGGUAAAUAAUUAUAAACAAUUAUAAAAUGCGUUAAGUUUGAAGGAUUAAAAGACCAAAGUGCCCGUCUAGUUUUUGUACAUUCAUAAUGAAGUUUGUGUUUUUAAUUUGUGUUAUUGUCUCCUCGUUGUUGGUUAAUGUUUCUCAGGCAAAUCAUUCGAAUAACUGGGCUGUGCUUGUGGACACAUCUAGAUUUUGGUUUAAUUAUCGACACGUAGCCAAUGUGUUAUCUAUAUAUAGAAGUGUUAAACGCCUUGGAAUUCCAGACAGCCAGAUCAUAUUAAUGGUGGCCGACGAUAUGGCUUGUAAUCCGCGUAAUCCAAGUCCAGCGACCGUUUACAAUAACGCAGACCAACAACUUAAUGUUUAUGGCGACGAUGUUGAAGUUGAUUUCAGAGGCUAUGAGGUUACUGUUGAAAACUUUGUACGGUUAUUGACUGGUCGUUUACCAUCGGAAACUCCUCGCUCGAAACAGCUAUUAACAGACGAAGGCAGUAAUAUAUUGAUAUAUCUCACUGGACACGGCGGAGACGGUUUUCUAAAAUUCCAAGACUCUGAAGAAGUUACUAGUCAAGAAUUGGCCGAUGCACUUGAACAAAUGUGGCAAAAAAGAAGGUACCAUGAAAUAUUCUUUAUGAUCGAUACUUGUCAAGCUUCUUCGAUGUAUGAAAAAUUUUACUCGCCAAACAUACUAGCGAUGGCCAGUAGUCUGGUAGGAGAAGACUCGCUCUCGCACCACGUCGAUCCGGCAAUUGGAGUGUAUAUCAUAGAUCGUUACACGUUUUAUGCAUUAAAAUUCUUAGAAAAUGUCAAACUCAAGAGUCGUAUUAGUAUGAAAAGUUUUCUUGGUGUUUGUCCGAAACAAGACUGCAUAUCUACUGUUGGCGUGCGAACUGACUUAUUUCACCGUGACCCAGCCAAAGUUCCUAUAACUGACUUUUUCGGCUCCGUGCGACCAGCAGAAUUAACAUUUAAUUUUUUAGAUUUAACCGAUACACCCGCUUAGGCUAGAAAUUUUUUUUUAAAAAUGUCAACAAUAAAACUCGCAAGUACUACUAAAUAUCGAGUAAUAAUAUUUAUUUAUUUAUUUAAACACAUGAAUUUCACCAGGCAAAUGAUAAUACAACUAAGAAAUAUUUUAUA